AUCCCGAUUAGACGUGCGGACGGCAUAAUGUUAACAUCAUCGUGAUUUUCUGUUCUACCUGGGAUACCUUUUCGACAUCCAAUCACUUUUAUUCGACAUUUGAAUUUCGUGCGGUGUCCCUUCGCCAGGCUCGCGCAUGCGCGCACUACGCGAACGCACCUGUAACGCGGCACGCCGCCGACAGAGCGCGCCACAUCGGAAUUCAGGGCGGUUUUCGACGACAGUCAGUCCCGGCGGCGGCGUUCGGUAAGCAGUCAGGCAGGCAGUCGGUGGUUACGAGAGCGACAUGUUGGAGAUUUGUGUGAUUGUGCGCGUGGCGGGCGAUCUCUAACGCGCGCUCCCGUGCGUUUUGCGGUGCGGUGCGUGUGUACGAUCACGGUGCGACCAGGUGCACGAGUGAGGAAGCGCACGUCGCGUUACAUGUGAAGUGUCUCGGGGAAUACAUUCGUCAUCGAGCCUGCUGGUUUACCCGGCCCAGCAAACAUGAGCUGGGGCACGGAGCUCUGGGACCAGUUUGAAAAUCUGUCCCUGCACACGCAGAAAGGGAUAGAGUUCCUCGAGAGAUAUGGCCACUUCGUACGCGACCGCUGCGCUAUCGAGGUGGAAUAUGCGGCGAAACUCAGACGUCUCGUCAAGAGCUAUCAACCGAAGAAGAAGGAAGAGGAGGAUUAUCAAUAUAGUCCUUGUCGGGCGUUCAAACUGGAGCUGAACGAAGUAAACGAUCAGGCCGGCCAAAGAGAGGUGAUCGCGGAAAAUCUUCAGGCUAACGUCUUGCGGGAGUUGAACAUCCUGGUGAAGGAUUUCAAGGAGGAUCGUAAGAAGCACUUGCAGGAAGGCGCACGACUGAUGGCCACUUUAGCCGGUCAAAUCGGCAACCUGGAGCGCGCCAGGAAGGCUUACGAGAAAGCCUUCCGCGAGGCGGAACGCGCUGUCGAGAACUAUCAACGAGCAGACGCGGAUCUUAAUCUCUCGAGGGCAGAGGUCGAGAAACAGAGAAUGAAUAUGACCCUAAAGACCCAGCAGAGCGAGGAAGCUAAAACGGAAUACGCUAAUCAGCUGCAGAAAACGAAUGACAUGCAGACGUUGCAUUACCACACAGCGAUGCCGGAAGUGUUCCAGCAUCUUCAGGAACUGGACGAAAAGAGGAUAAAGAACAUGCGAAAUUACAUGAUGAAGUCGGUGGAGAUCGAGCGAGCAGUGGCGCCGAUAAUUGCUCAGUGUCUUGACGGCAUCGAAAAGGCAGCGAACGAAAUUAACGAGAAAGAGGACACGAUGCUGGUGAUCGAGCGCUACAAGAGCGGUUUUCAGCCGCCUGGCGACUUCCCCUUCGAAGAUCUAUCAGUCGCCAAAAACUACGACAGCAACAGCCAACUGGCGCAGCCGGUCAUGCAGCCGAUUCACAAUCACCUCACAGUCAAAGGAACCGUCUCCGGCGGCAAGAUCAAGAAGAGGGUAGGCCUCUUCGGAAUCUUCAGCAGCAAUAAGAAGUUGAUCGAGGUGUGCAUAGCUUUAAAGAAUAACGUGCCUGGUUAUGGCGACGGCGCUAAGGAGGACUGCAGCGAUCUGCCACCAAAUCAGCGGAAAAAGAGACUGCAGCAGAGACUGGACGAGAUCCAAGCGAAGAUCCAACAGGAGACCGCGGCGAGAGACGGUCUGAUGAAAAUGAAGGGCGUGUACGAGCAGAAUCCCGCCCUCGGAGACCCGAUGAGCAUAGAGGGACAGUUAAACCAGUCCAGCAAUAAGCUGGACAAACUCAGAGCCGAAUUGGCAAAGUUUCAAGGCUACCUCGAGGAAGCAAUGCGUGCUGACGUUAGUUUGUCUAGCCCAAGUCAAGCACCGCGAAAACCCACUAGUAAUGGCUCAGCAACGAGACCGUUAAGUUCACGAAGGUCGAGUCAUUCGGGCGGUGAAGAGAGCCUCUCGAGGUCCGCCUCGGACUCAAGCGUCAGUAACGCGAACGCGAACCAGCCCGUUCACAAGAAAAGCGCACCGGGCACACCACAGCCGACACAUGGUUCCACGAACAGCCCGGAAUCUGGCCUCGGUGAAUCGAGAACGUCAUUACCCGGCAGCGGUGGUGAGGAGUACUACGUUGACGAGGUGGACGCGCAACCACCGUUAGGAACAUGCCGGGCGCUUUAUCCUUUCGACGCGACUAGCGAGGGUUCCAUACCGAUGUACGAUGGGGAGGAGUUAUACAUGAUCGAGCUGGACCAGGGAGACGGCUGGACCAGAGUUCGACGCAUUUCGCAACCGAUCGAAGGCUUCGUGCCGACUUCUUACAUCGAGUGUCACCUGUACAACACUUAGCCGCUUCUAGGAUGUUGAGAGAAGAGCGCGUGGCGCAAGACCGCUCGAGAGAGAUUAUUGUCGUGGGCUCGUGACGUUCGGCGCCACUGCGGACUCGGAGGUCGUGUGUUGGUCAAAUUUCACACGGGACACCGGACACGUCAACGGUGGACAGCAGCAGGCUUAAGCGAAAACUAUGUAUCUGAACGGCGUGCUCGAAGGCACUCGGACAACCCGAAGGAUCUCAUCCAGAAUUCUUGAGGACGCAACCGAAGAUUCGCGGAUCUCGCGAGUGGGUCGUACAGCCCGGGAUGGUGAAUCUUGCAAAUCGUGGAUCUUGAAAUCGAGCGAUUGAGGAUUCGAUGAUGCCCAGCAAACGCCAACCAACAGUAAUGUAACAUCAAUGUUAUAAUUCUCCAUUCAACAAUGUAAAUGCAAUAUAACGCGUGUAUUGUGUAACGGUUACAUUGUUGAAUGGAAAAUUAUAACAUUGACGUUAUGUUACUGUUAGUUGGUGUUUGCUGGGUGAUUUGUUCACGGGCGCAUGCGAAUACGCAAACUGUUGACUUCCAGAUGUGUAAAUCUCGAGACCCGGUAAACAUCGAUUAACAGUAACAUAAUAUCAAUGUUAUAAUUUCCCACUCAACAAUGUAAAUGCAACAUAACGCCUGUGUUCUGUAACGGUUACAUUGUUGAGUGGGAAAUUAUAACAUUGAUGUUACGUUACUGCUAGUUGGUGUUUACUGAGAACGUUUGGAACGAGAUACGUAAAGGAAGUCGAGAAUUCGCUCGUCGAUUGAUCUUGCGCCUGUACUCGCAACAUUGGGAAUCGGGAAGUUCGGCGAACCGUGCGCAUUCCAGGAUUCACGAUCUGCACGAGAGCAGAUUCGUGGAAAGGAUUCGCGGAGCUGUCGAGUUUCACGCGCGAUAACACAUCCCCGACGACGAGAUCGCGUUCACCGUCGAACGUCACACGCGCAAAACCCCUCCAACACACGUCCCUCCGAAUUCCCGAUCGUUCGUUCGGUCGGGAAUGAAGGAAUGAUAUGCGAACAAAAUGUCCCGCUUUGUGAUCAAUCAAUAUAAGCGUAAUAGCGGUAGAAUCGAGCUCAUUCUCGGGCACGUUAGAUCCCUAAGGAUAUUAGACCCUUGUCCGAAUUAAUCGGGGCGUCGUGGCUCUUCCCACGCGAAGAUUAACAAUUGUUGAUUUACGAUCGAUUAACGAUUGUGGUCUAUUAAAUAGUGAUUAUUCCAUCGAUUAUCGUUGAACACAUUAAAUGUGUUAUUAACACGACGGGCGUAUAUUAUUUAAAAUUACUCGUCUAUUUUGCCUCGUUCCCCUAAUUGCGCGUUGUUUUAGAAAGGCUUACGGCGACCUUAUGUAGCCUUUCCCGCUUCUCAUUCCGAAAUUAUUAGUUGAUAUCGAUGGCUGUUAAUUUUUUGUUAUUAAUUAGGAGAGGUUCGAAGCAAAUACGCAUUUUGCGCUAUAUUAUUUAUCGCAGGGAGGAACUCUGCACGCGAAGAGCCGCCAUCGGUCCUGUGUCUCUUGCGUUUUUCCUUGCGUUUAGUUCGCGAUUCGAGAUUGCCGACCAAUAACAAUAGUUGUCGCAUUAAUCUCGUAGGAGUUUUGGUUUUGUAUUUAGAAUUACUGCGUACUGUCGCGCGCAGACUGUGUAUUAUGUUUUUUAACAUGUAAAUAUAUCCCUUUUUUUUUUUUACUUUGAAGUAACUCUCGUGCGAAGAACUGCGACGGCCCUGAGUAUCCACCCACGGCAGGAGACUUGUAGAAAUUCAGGCAAGGGUUUAAUUCAUACGUCUGUACAAUAGCGUUAUGUCCAAUCAUAUGCAGAUUCAGUUGUACGCAUCUGAAACUCUUAACCCUUGAGCAGAUACACAAGUAAGAACAGGUAAAACGUUUAAUUGGUGCGAUUAUUAGUUAAAAUCGCAAUUAGCAGUAGGCAUCGGGUUAUCAUUUUAAUCACGACCGAAAUAAAUAACGAAUUUUAUGGAAGAAUUGACCUCGCAUGAAAAUAGAAAAAAAAAGAAUACAACGCGCGAUAUUCUUAUCUUCCUUAUUUUUCUUAAAGCCUGUACACUUAAUUUCAAUAUGGACACGUUUAUUCUGAAUGCAAACUUCAUUGAGAAAGAAAGUGUCCAAACUGAAUUCCUGAGAAUUAAUCAAAAACAAGUUCUCCCGUUAGAGCAUCGGAGCUGCGUCCUAAACUGUAGAGAAAGAAAACAAUUGUCCGAACGUUGAAACCAAGUGUACAAGUUUUUCCAUCGCUUCUGCGUCUGCGGCGAUGCGUCUGCUUAAGGAUUAAAGCACGAAAUCUCCGAAGGAUCCGACACUGAGACGUCGUCAGGCUGUCUGCUCGAUGCACUCGCGGCUUCUCAAAACGUGUCCUCUUCGCGUAGCUGUGCACGAACGAAACAUUUACGACCCCGUUGAAGAAAGUAAACUAUCUUAGUAUUAAUAAUCGCAUCCCGCCUACUCGUCACUCGUAAAUUAAUUCGCGACUGUUGUAAGCGUCGCCGCACCGAAGUUUUAUUCGUUCUUUUGUAAACUUGAUUCGACGUCGUAAAUGGCAGCCAGACUGUUCCGCCAACGGCCCACUGUCACGCUGUGAGAGCAAGAGACUGACCCUUGCCGGGGUUUCAUCGUACUCGCUAUCCGAAAUCUCGCACUUAUGCUUGUAAUCAAAAUUGCGAGGUCCGAUGAAACUCCGGGAAUCAAAAGUGUGAAAUUAAGAAUCGAUCGUAUAAUUCGGAAGCUAAAAUUCGCGGAGGACUCCGCGGGGAAGGAAAUUGACAUAUUCACGCGUUCACAUACGUUAGAAUUUGCCAAGCCGAAAAUCUUUCGAGCGGACAAUCCUCGAAGAUCCGCGAACUGCCGCGGUGCCGAGAGUUGUACUUUCACAUUCGCCGAUCCGGUGCGACGAGAAGUGAACUGCCUCGGCGAAACAGUCCGGCGCGCCGCGUUUAUGAGGUUGCCUGAAUGUGAAUCUAGUUAGUGAUAGACUUAUGUAAAUAUCGCCAGGAAUGCGGGAGCGGGAAAACGAAGCGAGUGGCCACUGAGCGUGCGAGUGCCAGAAUCGAUAUUAAGCCGCGCAGGACUCGCUUUCGUCGCGGACAGAAUCGCAGGUAAGAUACCCCCGGAGAGAUUCGCGCGACGUUACGGGAAUUCUGGACUCAGAUAUUCCGAGAAAGAAGUCCACGCGAACGCGAAAGCCUAAUUUUGUCGCGCGUUCGUCCUAAUUUUGCGCAAUCCGGGAAUCGUGUAACCGUACUUUCUCGCGCAUUGACAAAAUGUAUAUGUAUAUAUUAUAUAUAUAUAUAGAUAUAUAUAUAGAUAUAUAUAUAAAUAUAUUCGGUCGUCAACAGGCGUAGCUUCACUAUAGCUAGAGAUAUGCAAGUACACGAAUGAACAAGAUCGAUAGUUCACCUACAUUCAUACACAUACACACAUACAUACAUACAUAUACACUCUUCCUGCUUUUCGUCGCGGCUGCUUCCGGUUCGUUAACGACGAAAGCAAGUGAAAUGCUCGACAAUUAUGUUAAGACGAUGAAAUAACGGGCCGCUGUGUGCCCUGACGUUUAACUGUGUCUGUUCUAUGUAUAUUUUGUGAUUUUCUAUACACGAACAAGUAUUGUAGAUAACUAAUUCAGCGAUUCAUUAUACUUGAUUAUUAUUUUUAUUAUUAUUAUUACUAUUAUUAUCAUUAUUAUUAAUAUUGAGAAAAUAUAGGUACUAAACCAAUGUAGCUGUUUCGGACACGUUAA